AUGCUGCCUCAAGUAGAGAGUCUUGUGUGGUGUGUAUUUAACCCGGAUGUUGCUCUUCUCCCUCCCAUGUCUUGCAGAGAUGGUGGGAUGCUGCGGACUGCGGGGCAGAGAUGCUCCGCUUCGUGGUGGAGCAGGUGCCACAGAUCUACUGCCUGGAGGUGGAGUCCAACUCUCAGGAGGAGGAGGAGGUGGUGCAGAGCCGUCUCCUCCAGCCACUGGAGUGUUUCCUGUUCGGGGAGGACCCUCAGGCCGGCCUGGAGAAGCUCCAGCAGGGCAGUGCCGCCUCACAGCUCUGUGGACGUGUCUUCAAGGAGGGGGAGACUGUCUACUCCUGCAGGUCAGAACCAGCUUACUGAUUGUCAUGCAUUAAUGCUAAUUAAGACACCUGCUAAUCAGACAGAGGUUUCAUAACUCCUGAACCAACUCAGUCAGUAGUUGUAAGGCGAUGGAAUGUCAAGAAACAGAAAUAUGAAGAAUCUGUUGACCGAAUGAAUGUACUGUAAGGCGAUGACCUUUUUAGCAACCCGAUUAGAUAUAAGCUCUGAAGGUGAUUAUUCUUAUUUUUUUCCUUCUCUUAACUCGACUAAUAAUGUGGUUCAAAGAUCUAUGUAAAUACAUCAAAAUAGUUAUUUAGGCUUGAUUUGCCAAAACUGCAGUUUUAGAAUUAGCUAAUAGGCCUACCUUUUGGUCACCUCACACACUACAACACUACAGUACUUAGCCUAACUGGCUGUAAUGAAUAAUUAAGUGAACUCUGUAUCAGGUUUUAGUGUGUGACUGUGCAUGUGUGCAUGUUUUCAAGCCAACUAUAGAGAUGAGUGUGAUCAAAUUACGACUCUAACCUCCUGUGGGCCUGAUUGCAGGGACUGUGCGAUAGAUCCCACAUGCGUACUGUGCAUGGACUGCUUCCAGGACAGUGUGCACAAGGGCCAUCGUUAUAAAGUAGGUUCCCAUUUAAAACGUAUGUUGUUUUGGAAGGGUUUAGUGUUAAUAUAAGUGUUGAUAACAUCUCAUGAAAUCUCUCCUGCUGUCCCUGUCCAUUACUGAUCCUCGAUGUUGUGUGAUUCUUAUAGAUGCACGCUUCAUCAGGAGGGGGGUUCUGUGACUGUGGGGAUCUGGAGGCCUGGAAGACUGGGCCCUGCUGCUCCAAACAUGACCCAGGGGCUGCCACUGCCAUGGAAACGGUGCGUUUCAUAACAGCCGGAAGAGGGGGCGGGGGGUUCACAUUUUAUUUUAUUUUCCCAUUCUGUGUUGAUGACGUCAGUGUGCUCCUUUUCCUGUCUUGAGUUGGAGAAUGCGCUUUUGGCCUUCAACAAGAAAGUGUCUGGGAAAAUUACACUUGGGCAGCCUGCAUCACAAAACGAAUUAGAGCUGGAAUGACAGAGACAGAGGGUGGGUGGUUGCAGCGAGGCCUUAUGGAAAAUAAGGGCAGGAGAUAAAGGCUGGCUAGUGACGUUCUUUUUAAUUUGGUCCAAUUAUGUUAUGUUAUAUCAUCCAUCAACAAUGUUUCCAUAUCAACGUGGAAUGGUUUUUGCUGAUAACCUUGAUAAGAAACAAUUAUGAAUAGGCCUAAAUGGAGGGGCAUUCAAGUCAUUGAACAGUGUGGUGAACAGUCAUGCAACAAAAGUGGUUGAGUACUGAUUACUUAGGACCUGCAGUCUUGAAUGCAGCCCAGCCCAGGUGUGGGCCUUCCUCUGAUAAUAUCAAGUUCAGGAGUGGUGAGCAAACACAUAAGGCCCAUGUGUUUCAUUGCCUCUUUCCAUAAACAGCAGGUGCCUCUAUUGAAGGCUGGCCGCUGCCCUGUAGGCUGCUUUUUAGUGACUCAUCACAUGACAACACCGUCUGGGUUUCAAACAAGAAAGCUUUAAGGCCUAAUGUCUAGUGAUAGAUUCUAUCCCCUGUUUUGACAUGGUAGUAUGACAUGGUGUCUAGAAUGGAUAAACAGACCCACUGACUGUAGCUCUGCCUAUGUGUUAUUUUGCCUAUGUGUUGAAUAUCUAACGUUUGUGUUCUUUUUGAUAGUCUGUACACUGCUUAUUGUGGUCUUACAGUACAUUCAGAAAGUAUUCAGACCCCUUUACUUUUUCCACAAUUUGUUAUGUUACAGCCUUAUUCUAAAAGUGGAUUAAAUAGUUUUUUCCCUUCAUCAAUCUACACAAAAUACUCCAUAAUAACAAAGCAAAUGUAUAUAAAAAAAAAAAAUCUAUAAACACUACCGGUCAAAAGUUUUAGAACAAGCUGGUUGAGAGAAUGCCAAGAGUGUGCAAAGUUGUAAUCAAGGCAAAGGGUGGCUAUUUGAAGAAUAUAAACUAUAUAUUUUGAUUUGUUUAACACUUUUUUUUGGUUACUACAUGAUUCCAUAUGUGUUAUUUCAUAGUUGUGAUGUCUUCACUAUUAUUCUACAAUGUAGAAAAUAGUAAAAAUAUAGAAAAACCCUUGAAUGAGUAGGUGUUCUAAAACUUUUGACAGGUAGUGUAUAUUUAAAUAUGACAUUUACAUAAGUAUUCAGACCCUUUACUCAGUACUUUGUUGAAGCACCUUUGCCAGUGAUUACAGCCUUGAGUCUUCUUGGGUGUCAGGGUAGAGAACAUCACUUCUAAAAUGAGAUCAUAUGAAUUAAUACAUACUGUGCUAACUGAAUACAAAACCAAAUGAAACAAAUAUACAUUGUUAUACAUAUGAUAAUAGAUAGGAUUAUUACACCUACAUAUGAACAAGCAUUCAUUUUUAACUUGAUCAUCAAAAUAUAUUGUGCUAUAAGCGCAGCACUUAUAAAUUAAUUAAUUAAUUACAUUCGUUCCGAUUUCCUAUUUGACCAUUGAGUUAUUAAAUAACCUAAAGUGAAUUAUUUAUUCAGGCAGCCAUAGACUGCAGAUGGAAUAGGAAGGAAUAGCCUUGAAAACAUGUAACACGUAGCCUACCGCCGGAUUACGGAUAGUCCUGAAUGAAUCGUGAAUAAUGAUGAGAGAAAGUUACAGAAGCACAAAUGUCAUACCGCCAAGACAUGCUAACCUCUCACCAUCACUAAACAUAUUAUAUUCUUAUUUACAAUAAAAGUGACUCGAAUGACACUAUAUUAUUUACCAUUGAUUUCUAUUGGGCACAAAAUAAUCUGGAACACUACCAAAACAAACACCAAAUGCAUCCAACAAGUUUGUAGAGUCACAAGCUUGAUGUAAUCAUUGCGUGCUAGGAUUAUGGAACUAAAAAUAAAUCUUGGUCGACCGAAAGUCGUCUGUUCUUUCGACCAAUCGAUUAGUCAACAUUUUUAAACGUGUCUUUUUCCAUAUAUAGAUACACCCUAUGUGUUGUAAUAAAAUCAACUAUUUGCAUUGAGCUUGUCUGAUGCUUUAAGCUUACGGUUUGUUGAAAUAAUACAAAUGCCUCGAGGGCACCAGAGAUCUAGAUAACCAGAAGAAUAAAACCUUCACCUGACCCAACUAUUCUCCUCCCGCUCCUGCUGACUUUUGCAGAUUCUGCCAUUACUCUCCUGAAGUUUCCGGUAAUAGGCUACACGAGGAGUCGGCAACCUUUCUCAUGUUGAAUGCCAAUUUAUCUUACCAUUUCUACGGAUCUGCGUGCCAGUUAUGGUUUUCAUAUGCACAUUUUCGUGAAACCGUUUCAUUUAUUUUAAAAUAACGUCUUCAUAUCUCAAAAUCAUUGUCAUGUGGUUAAUCCAAAUCUAAAUGAAAAUGAUAACUUUAAAAAGUAACUUCCAUUGCCAACUACGUAAAAAUAGCCUAUAUAUAAAAAUUCUGGGUCCUCAGAGUUUCCUGCGCCAGUGAGCUCGGGACAGACACAGCUGUAGGCUAUUUGCUCAAUGGAUAAGAAGCAGUGCUUGACUUGGGCAGGAGCUCACUGAAGCUGCGUAGUGGCUGAGCCACUCAAGGACAUUCAGAGACUUGUCCCGAAGCCAGUCCCUGACCAAGGCCCUUCUCCCCUGGUUGCUCAGUUUGGCCGGGGUGCCAGCUCUAGGAAGAGUCUUGGUGGUUCCCAACUUCUUCCAUUUAAGAAUGAUGGAGCCCAUUGUGUUCUUGGGGACCUUCAAUGCUGCAGAAGUGUUUUGGUACCCUUCCCCAGAUCUGUGCCUCGACACAAUCCUGUCUCGGAGCUCUACGGACAAUUCCUUUGAUCUCAUGGCUUGGUUUUUGCUCUGACAUGCACUGUCAACUGUGGGACCUUUUAUAUAGACAGGUGUGUGCCUUUCCAAAUCAUGUCCAAUCAAUUGAAUUUACCACAGGUGGACUCCAAUCAAGUUGUGGAAACAUCUCAAGGAUGAUCAAUGGAAACAGGAUGCACCUGAGCUCAAUUCGAGUCUCAUAGGAAAGGGUCUGAAUACUUAUAAGCUAUUUCUGUGUUUUAUUUUUAAUACAUUGCAAAAAUUUAUAAAAACCUGUUUUCGCUUUGUCAUUAUGAGGUAUUGUGUGUAAAUUCAUUUAAUCCAUUGUAGAAUAAGGCUGUAACGCAACAAAAUGUGGAGAAAGUCAAGGGGUCUGAAUACUUUCCGAAUGCACUGUAUAUGGCGACAUUUGCACGCAGGCCAGGUAGCCUAUAGGCCUACUUCUAUGCGUGCGCGUCCUUACUCAACAUUGCUCGAAACAAAAGACAAUUACUAAAUUGACAAAACUCAUAAAUGGAAUUAAAUAAACCAAAACGUGUUUCUCACAAGUGUAGCUUAGUUUGUGCACUCUACAGUAUGAACAAUAAAAAAUGUAUGCACUCACUAACUGUAAGUCGCUCUGGAUAAGAGCGUCUGCUAAAUGACUAAAAUGUAAAAAUGUACAAACAAUGUGUCCACUCCGACAAUGAUAACGGAAGACUGGAAUAAUAUUGAAUGCAUUAACAGAAAUGACUGUAACCAAAGUAACAAACUUUGUAGAUUAGAAAUGAUAGGAAUUAACGGUAAAUGUGCUACUGGUGAUAUAUGUAAAGGGGAAUUGAUAUACACUAACAAUCAAACGCAAACAAUUCACACAAUGAAGUUAUGAAACAAUGAAUGUGCACAAAUUGGUGGGGGAGACCAAUUUUGUUGUUUUUCUAUUUAAAACUGAUUUUGAGAGUGAAAAUAAUGAAAUCUGAAACCUGGAGAAAAGUGGGGAAAGAAUAACAGAUUUUAUAGGGUGGUACAUGUGCAAGACGUAAUUGUGUGUAUCAGAUGGCACCAUACCAUAGGGCGGCAGCUAGCCUAGCAGUUAAGAGCGUUGGGCCGGUAACCGAAAGGAUGCUGGUUUGAAUCCCAGAGCCGACUAGGUGAAAAAUCUGUCUGUUCCCUUGAGCAAGGCACUUAACCCUAAUUUCUCCUGUAAGUCACUCUGGUUAAGAGCAUCUCCUAAAUGACUCAAAUGUAAAUGUACAAAAUUCGUGUGACUGAUAAUGCAUACUUUUGGUCUCUGUAGGAUGAGUGUGUGUUAGAGCCUGGUUUACGUGAGCGUGCCCAGAAGCUCUUCCAGGUUCUCCUGCGCUACGCUACAGAUCUGCUGGUGUGGGAGGAGAGCUAUGAGCUAGCAGCAGAACUGCAGCCCAGGUACUAGCCUACUUCUAUUGAUAACCAUAGCACUAAACGUAUCCACACUACACCAGUAGUUUUAAAUCCAGAAUGACAUUCAAUGUGAUUUCUCAUAGGGUGAAGGAGGACACAUACUACUGUGUACUGUACAACGAUGAGCACCACUCAUAUGAUCACGUGAUCUACACCCUUCAGCGCUCUGUUCAGUGUGACCACAGUGAGGCACAUACUCACACAGCCCUCAUUGACAAAGAGGUACUGUCUGCAGUCAUUCUCCGGCAUUCUUCAUUACUUUCAUUUAAAGCAUCUAGAUUUGUCAAUAAAGGGAAAAAACUGAAAACAAAUGUAUUCUGCUGCAACGUUGAACUCUGGUUGUUGUUAUAGCUUUGCACUUGAAAUUGAUCAUUCUGUUUUGAAUGCAGGGUCGCCGGGCAGUGAAGCGAGGGAAGCUCCGGUCUUGCCAACAAGCCAAGGACCUCAUCAGGGUAAAUUAUAGCCUUUUAUAAAACUACAAUAUGCAAAUUUUGCCAUAGAACUUCAUCACCUCCAGUGUUUUGAGUCAGACCUCUUACCCCUGCUAAACGCUGUGUUGUGUUGUAGUCCCACUUUGGACUACAUCUCCCUGCAGCCUCUGACCUCUAACCCCUGCAGUAUUCUGUGUUGUGCUUUUAGUCCCACUCAGAACACAUCUCCCUGCAGCCCCUGCGUGUGGAGAUCCUCCACUCAGCGGUCAUGGCCCACCAGAGCUUCGCCAUGCGACUGGGCACCUGGUUUCCGCAGAUCAUCGGCUACUCAGUGGGCUUCAGGCAGGUGUUCUGCCAGGUGGCUCUGGAGCCCAGCUCAGAGGGGGACCAGCCCAGCCUCAUCAGCCGACUCAUGCUGCACGACGCCAGGCUGUACAAAGGCAAGUAGACCUGGGAGUAUGGAUCAAUCUUUCUCUACUUUAAGAUGCACCUCUGUUUUGCCUCCAGUCCAUCACAUUCAAGCCCAUUCUCUUCUUUCCACCAGGAGCCCGUAAGAUCAUCCAUGAGUUGAUCUUCUGUAGCCUGCUGAUGGAGACAGAGUACAAGAGGCUCUUUGCCAUUGAGUUCACCAAGGUAUGUCAAGUCAGUAGUACACUGAUAUGUUUAAAAUAAAUGCAACCUUUACAUUACAUUUAUGUGGCUAACAUAUGCUGUACAUCCCACCCUUCUGCCGUCACUGUCUUUCAGCAUUACAAACAACUGCAGAAAGACUACAUCCUUGAUGACCAUGAGAGGAGCAUAUCCAUCACAGCUCUAUCUGUGCAGAUCUUCACCGUACCCACUCUGGUGAGAGCUAUGGCGAUUUAUGUAAUGUGAAGAUUUAAAAAAUAAAAUCUGCCAGGCUUAGCUCACAUACCACUGUAUCCUUCUCCCUCUGUUCAGGCCAGGCAGCUGAUUGAGGAAGGGAAUGUGAUCAAGGUGAUCGUUGACACCGUCAUGGAGCUGCUCUGGGAGCACCUGGAUCCCAACCAUCGCUUCCACUUCCAGGGAUACAACUCAGACAAGUUCUUCCGGAUCCAGGUGAUCUUCCACGACCUCAGGUGGGUGUGACAUACUACUCAGCUUAAUCUCUGACCAGUGGCGUAAGGUACUUAAGUAAUAAAUACUUGAAUGUUUUUUGGGGUAUCUGUACUUUACUUUACUAUUUAUUUUUUGACAACUUUUACGUUUACUUCACUACAUUCCUAAAGAAAAUUAUGUACUUGUUACAUUUUGAAUGCUUUAGCAGGACAGGAAAAUUGUCUAAUUCACACACUUAUCAAGAGAACAUCCCUGGUCAUCCCUACUGCCUCUUAUCUGGCGGACUCACUAAACACAUGCUUCGUUUGUAAAUUAUGUCUGAGUGUUGGAGCGUGCCCCUGGCUAUCCGUACAUUUAAAAAACAAGAUAAUUAUGCCUUUGGUUUGCUUUAUAUAAGGAAUUAAAAAAUAUUUUUACUUUUAAUUCUUAAGUAUAUUUUAGCAAUUACAUUUACUUUUGAUACUUAAGUAUAUUUAAAACAAAAUACUUUUAGACUUUUACUCAAGUAGUAUUUUACUGGGUGACUUUCACUUUUACUUGAGUCGUUUUCUAUUACUUUUACUCAAGUAUGAAAAUUGGGAACUUUUUCCACCGCUGUCUCUGACAUUAGGAAUAUGUAUCUUGCUAUAGCUGCCUGAUGCUUAUCUGUAAUAUGAAUGUGUUCUACUCCACAGGUACAUUCUGAUCAGCAAGCCCUCUGUGUGGACUGAGGAGCUGAGGACCCAGUUCCUGGAGGGGUUCAGGGUCUUCCUGGGGCUCCUCAACUGCAUGCAGGUACACUCAGUCGCUUUACACUCUGGGGUAACUGUCCGGCAUUAGGGAUUUUGAAAUUACUUGCAGUCUUUGCCUCCAUCAUGAAAUACAUCAGAUGGUUGUUCUCUUGGUAGGGUAUGGAGGAGGUGAAGCGGCAGUUUGGUCAGCACAUCGAGGUGGAGCCUGAAUGGGAGGCUGGGUUUUCUAUCCAGAGACAGCUACGACACAUCCUCGUCAUGUUCCAGGAAUGGUGUUCCUCUGAUGUAAGUCCUUACGCGAUGGUUUUAAAAAUCCCCAAAUCCCUCAUAAUCUCUGAUAAAUGAAUGGCUGAAUAUUUUUAAGAGUGUAUGUUCCUGUGUACUUGACCGGUAUCUCUGCCCCCCAGGAGACUGUUCUCCUCCUGUCCUUCAAGGAGUGCCACAGGGCGCUGAUGCGCUGCAAUAACCAACCCUUUCAAAGCGAGGCCACAGACUACUACAUGUGUAAACACAUCCUCCAUGUCAGCCCCUACAAGGUGUCCCAGGAGCCUGUCAGCAUACACCUGCCCAUCUCCAGGGCGCUCGCUGGUGAGAAGAACCAUACUGUCCAUCUGUCUGCCCCUAUGGGCCUUGGGGAAUUGCUCUAUGUGUUGGGACAGUAGUUGGGGUUGUGGAAAUGAAGAUGACACAGCAUACCUAUUGGUUAUUAGGGCCAGGACGAGACCACUAUCGCAAUUUUUUCUGCAUGGCAAAAAUGAAAACACAAAGCAGACUCUCUUUAAAAACCUGUUGUAUGAAAAAUAUUGUGUGCUAUAGCUUGGAGAAAAAAUAAAUAAAUGUGACUCUGGAUGACAUCAUAAUGAUGUUUGUUUCCAACAUUAGGGCUGCUUUCCUAAAGAGGUUAUCGCGAUACUGGUAUCAUCCCAGCCCUAUUGGUUAUGCUGUCAUUCCACCUUCACUCUUGUGUUCUUUGGUGCAUCUUGAGAUUUGCGGAACCUCUAAUACCUGUUCCUUAUGAUCCCCAGGCCUGUAUGUACAGCUGUGUUGUACAGGGGCAGUCAAACGCCUCCAUGAAUUUGUGGAUCCAGUAAGUAUCUGUGACAAGUUUUCUUGUGUUUUUAUCUGUCGUAAGUCUGUAAGAAUCAGCUUUGUAUCAUCAGUCAGCCUGCCAGCUUGUUGUGCACUGCAGACAAUCUUCUUCCCACUGCUGUUGCUAAAAGACAGAGCCGUCUAUAUGUUACAGGAGAGCUGUGACUUCACCUGGUUUGCGGAGCACCCUCUGCGCUGUGUGGUGCUGGCUGCCCAAGUCUCAGCUGAGAUGUGGCGCAGGAACGGGCUCUCGCUCGUCAGCCAGGUGAGAGGUGGGAUGUGAUGGCUUGGAUGGACUGAUGGUGUCAACUGUUGCUAAACCUGAACUUUUCACGGAUUGAUUUCACAUUUUGUGAUUGCUUUAAUGUGUUUCAAAGUAUGAUUAUUUGUCAUUUCCAGGUGUAUUAUUAUCACGAUGUAAAAUGCAGGGAUGAGAUGUUUGACAAGGAUGUCAUCAUGCUACAGGUUAGUGUUUAACAACAGCAACAUUGUUCUGCACUCACCUCCUUUUUAUUCUAUGGCAGGGGUGUCAAACUCAUUUUAGCUCAGUGGCCACACGGAGGAAAAUCUAUUCCCAAGUGGUCCGGACCGGAAAAAUCAUGGUAUAUAUAUAACUUAAAAACAACAACUUCAGAUUGUUUUCUUUGUUUUAAUACGAUCAACAUACAACAUAAAGCUGGAGCCUGAGGACAGUGUGUCCAAAAUAGUACAAGCACAACAUCACUAUUAAUCAUAAAACACGUCAAGUUUAUUUGAAAAUUCUAAAGAAAAAGAACACACAAACACACAAUGCCUCAGUGAUUAACAGAACUGUUUCACAGAUCACAGAACUAUAUCUGGGUGUCAUUUCUCGGCAGAAAUGUAGAUAAAAAUAAUGAAAUCCUGUUCCCCAAACAAGUGCAAGAACCACAGAGUCAAGAAUAGGUUAAAUAUACAAAUAAAAUAAAAUCAAUUAAAAACAAUAGCACAUCAACAUAAAAACAUAUAAACAUAAAGCUGGAGCCUGAGGACAGUGUCCAAAAGCACAACAUCACUAUUAAUCAUAAAACACCUCAAGUUAUUUGAAAGUUCUGAGGACAAAAAAACACACAAUGCCUCAGUGAUUCACAGAACUAUAUCACAGAACUAUAUCAGGGUGUCAUUUCUCAGGCAGAAAUGUAGAUAAAAAUAAUGAAAUCCUGUUCCCCAAACAAGUGCAAGAACCACAGAGUCAAGAAUAGGUUAAAUAUACAAAUAAAAUCAAUUAAAAACAAUAGCACAUCAACAUAAAAACAUAUAAACAUAAAUCUGAAAGGGUUGCUCAAACUCCCGUAACAGUCCCGUUAUUUUAUCUUUGAACCGCUUCAUGUCUGCCACAUGUUGGGUCGCGCACACAUUUUUCAGACCGGGGAAGUGAGCUGCAUCACCACUGGCAAGUUGCGUCUCCCACAAUGACAGCUUCAACUUGAAAGAACGUAUGCUGUCAUAAUACUGCGUGACAACUUUGUUGCGCCCUUGCAGCUGUUUGUUCAAGUUAUUCAGGUGCUUUGUAACAUCCACCAUAAAUGCAAGGUCCUGCAUCCAUUCUGCGGAAUGAAAUUCUAACACUGGUUUGCCCUUUUCUUCCAUGAACUGUUCAAUUUCUUCUCGUAAAUCAAAGAAACGCCUCAGCACAGCACCUCGGCUUAACCAUUUUACCUCAGUGUGGUAUGGCAGGCCAUAGAUGUGGUCUUUCUCUCUGAGAAGGCUGUCAAACUGACGGUGAUUCAGGCUUCUGGAUCGGAUGAAAUUAACAGUUUGGAUGACCACCUUCAUGACGUUAUCCAUCUUUAAUGACUUGCAACACAAAGCCUCCUGGUGCAAAAUACAGUGAAAAGUCAAAAAAUCACGUCCUCCAUUUGCAGAUUGCACUUUCUCUCUGAACUUUGUCACAACGCCUGCUUUUUUUCCCGAUCAUUGAGGGCGCACCAUCUGUAGCCAGGCUGACAGCGCGGGACCAGUCCACUCCGACCCUGUCCAGCGCGCCGACGAGUGCGGUAAAAAUAUCAGCUGCUGUCGUUGUAUCUGUCAUCGGCACCAACUCCACGAACUCCUCGGUGACGGUCAAUGUGUCAUCAACUCCGCGGAUGAAAAUGGCCAGUUGUGCAACAUCUGUAAUGUCCGUGCUUUCAUCAAUUGCAACCGAAAACGCAAUAAAUGACUUUACUUUUUGCUUCAACUGGCUGUCCAAAUCCACUGAAAGAUCGGAAAUCCUGUCUGCAACUGUGUUUCUUGUCAGGCUGAUAUUUGCAAAAGCCUGCCGCUUUUCAGGGCACACAAUCUCCGCUGCCUUCAUCAUGCAUGUUUUUACAAAUUCACCCUCACUAAAUGGUUUUGAAGCCACUGCGAUUUCAUUAGCAAUGAGGUAGCUAGCUUUCACUGCAGCGUCACUGAUGUCUCGGCUGUGAGUAAACACAGACUGCUGUUUCUUCAGACCCGCCAACAGUUCAUUCACCUUCUCUCAUCUCCGCUGUCCUUGAAAGUUGUCAUAUUUGUCGGCAUGAAGACUCACAUAGUGGCGACGAAGGUUAUAUUCUUUCAGCACUGCAACAUGCUCUGAACACACCAAACAUACAGCUUUCCCAUUCAAUUCCGUGAAUAAAUAGGAUGACCAUUUUUCUUGGAACACUGCACUCUGCGUCCACUUUUCUCUUUUUUGACAGAGACAUAUUGGGGCAAUGAGGGUGCCAAAGCACGUAAUGUUAAAAGUAGAAGCCGUAAUAAAUAUCGCGGGCAAAACAAAGUAGCUCAUUGGCUGCACGUGCUUGACCUACUUGCUCUGCCCCGGUAUAAACAGUUUGCUUGCUUAACACAAUUGCUAUUGCGCCAUCCAGUGGACGCAAUUGGAACAGCAGUUUAUUUUAUUAGAAAAAUUGCAGCGCAUUUUUAUACUUGACAAAUAUUUUUUUUUAUUUUUUUAAAAUCAUCUCGCGGGCCGGAUUAAACCCGUUUGCGGGCCUGAUCCGGCCUGCGGGCCGGGCGUUUGACACCCCUGUUCUAUGGAGUCUCCUGACUACCACUACAUAAUUGGAAGUCUCCUCUCAAAACUUUGUACAGAUUGCUGCUUCCAAAAUGGACCCCAACCACUUCAUCAUGCUGAUCUUGCAGAGAUUUGAGCUCUUUGAUGUGUUCAAUGGAAGUCUCUCAAGCAAAGACCAAGUAAGAGCGACUAAUGACUAUUGGUUCAAAUAAAUAAGUAUUACAUUUUGGCAAAAUGGUCAAUUAAUAAAAUACCAAUCCUCCUGUGCAGGAACUGCUGAAACAGUGGAACCGGUUAACAGAAGAGAUGCUCUACCUCCUCAUCAUCAUUGUUGGUACGUCCCUAAGCUGUUUUCUAAAUAACAUAUCUACUAAAGUAAAUGUCUGGCGAAAUCCUAAUGUGUAGUUAGUAAGUUGACUGUAUAGUGACAUCUUGUUGGCUAGAUGAUAUAGCAGUUAUUGUUUAUGUUGAGGGGUGUCUCAUUCUGUAUGUCAUGCCCCAUGUGUCCCCAGGGGAGCGGUAUGUCCCAGGGAUCAGUCAGGUGACCAAAGAGGAUGUGACGAUGAGGGAGGUGAUCCACCUGCUGUGCAUCCAGCCCAUGGCUCACAGCAGCCUGGUCAAGGGCCUGCCAGAGAACGUGAGAACGUGGACCUAUACUACACUUUUAAAGGCCCACACAGACUACGAUUUUAGCCGUCUUAUACCAGGAUUUUGCCGUCCCAGACGGAAUGUCCAUGUCACAAGCAAAUUCUUAGGUCGUAAACGAUUGUUAGACAUCUUGGCCGGUUCUGUGUGACACGGUCUAGGUCUGCCGAUUUUAAGUACCACUACGUGUGGCGUAGGCUCCGACAAAGUUCUGGCAAUGUCAGAAAUGUUUAGCUUUUAUUGUGUAUUGUGGCUGCUGUUGCGAGCCGAUCUCGGUGACUGACCAAUAGGAACACGGCUUACACUGAGUAUGCACAGAAUAAUACGAUUGAAUAGUCAGAUUAAUGUAAUAGCUCAAUUUAAACGUUUACAUGCUUUGCAAGAAGAACGAUUUCCCAAAUAAUCUUUUACAUGACACAUGAAAUCAAGCUAUUUGAUGGAAUUUUGAUAAAUGCGCUAAAUCGGCAAUCAAAAUAAACUUUCUUCCACAGCGACCAUGUUAUUUUUGGGAAACAUAUUUUUGAGUUCGGACAUGCAAUAUUUGCAUGUGAACUAUUUCUAAGAUGCGUACUUUCAGUUUUUCUGAACUCACUUCACUCGCGCAUAAGAGGUUCCCACUAGAUAAUACAGCUUUGAGGUCUUAAUUUAAGGUUAGGGUUAGACAUAAUGUUAGCAGUGUGAUUAAGGUUAGGAUUAGGAUUAAAAUCAGAUUUUAAGAAGAUAUCUUGUAUAGGCAGGGUUUAUGACUUUGUGGCGGUGUUAACUAGUGGCGACCACAAUAAGAGGAAGGCUAGCGCUGCUGGUGCUGGCACAUGCACAGAUCAAAUACACCACUGCAGUUGAUGUAACCUACGUCGGCUGACGUAACCUCGCAAACCAAUCGCUGAAUGUGACGACUACACUGAAGCAAAUGGUACAAUCUGGCCAGGUUGAUAUCAAGAUUUUAAUUUGGUAACAUCGAAACAGUGUUACAUGUAAUAAUCCUGAGACAAAAGAAGAAACGCGCACACUGCUCUUGCUAGUAUCAUUGCUCUUUAUUAAGCUUUAUGUAUCGGCCUGAAGGCCUUCGUCAGAGCUCUUAUAAAGCUUAAUAAAGAUCAGUGAUACUACCAAGAGCAGUGUGCAGGUUUCUUCUUUUUUUUCAUGUUAUUCAAUUGUUACCAUGCAACAAAGAUAGCUCAGAUGUGCGAGUGCCUUUUUGCAUUUUGAAUCACAUGUUAUAAUCCUAAAAGACUGAAUUCAACGUACAGUGUGAGAAGGCCUUAAAGCACUAAUACUGGUACCACUUCUUCAUCCCCUUUUAUACUGCAACAAUGUACUGUCUUUGUUUGUAGGAGAGCCAUGAAACUGGCCUGGAAACUGUCAUCCCAAAAGUUGCCACCUUCAAGUAAGUGUAACACUUAAGGUCAUCUUGACCAUAAUGAUACAAAUCAAAAUAAUAAAUAACGUCUUCAGCAGAGACUAACGUUUGAGGAGCUUUUUCACUGACCCUUUAUUCUCCUAUUUAGGAAGCCAGGUGUUUCUGGACACGGCUUGUAUGAAGUGAAAAAGGAGUGCCUGCCGGAAUUCAAUCCCUUCUUCUUUCACUAUUCUAAAUCUCAGCAUAGCAAGGUACAGUGCUUUGCAAAAGUAUUCAACCCCCUUGGCGUUUUUCCUAUUUUGUUGCUUUACAACCUGUAAUUUAAAUGGAUUUUUAUUUGGAUUUAAUGUAAUGGACAUACACAAAAUAGUCGAAAUUGGUGAAAUGAAAUGAAAAAAAAAAAAGUGUUAAAAGAAAUUAUACAAAAUAAAUAACGGAAAAGUGGUGCGUGCAUAUGUAUUCACCCCCUUUGCUAUGAAGCCCCUAAAUAAGAUCUGGUGCAACCAAUUACCUUCAGAAGUCACAUAAUUAGUUAAAUAAAGUCCACUUGUGUGCAAUCUAAGUGUCACAUGAUCUGUCACAUGAUCUCAGUAUAUUUACACCUGUUCUGAAAGGCCCCAGAGUCUGCAACACCAUUAAGCAAGGGGCACCACCAAGCAAGCGGCACCACGAAGAUCAAGGAGCUCUCCAAACAGGUCAGGGACAAAGUUGUGGAGAAGUACAGAUCAGGGUUGGGUUAUAAAAAAAGAUCAGAAACUUUGAACAUCCCACAGAGCACCAUUAAAUCCAUAAUUUAAAAAAAUGAAAGAAUAUGGCACCACAACAAACCUGCCAAGAGAGGGCUGCCCACCAAAACUCACGUACCAGGCAAAGUUGGCAUUAAUCAGAGAGGCAACAAAGAGACCAACAAUAACCCUGAAGGAGCUGCAAAGCUCCACAGCGGAGAUUGGAGUAUCUGUCCAUAGGACCACUUUAAGCCGUACACUCCACAGAGCUGGGCUUUACAGAAGAGUGGCCAGAAAAAAGCCAUUGCUUAAAGAAAAAAAUAAGCAAACACGUUUAGUGUUCGCCAAAAGGCAUGUGGGAGACUCCCCAAACAUAUGGAAGAAGGUACUCUGUUCAGAUGAGACUAAAAUUGAGCUUUUUGGCCAUCAAGGAAAACGCUAUGUCUGGCGCAAACCCAACACCUCUCAUCACCCCCGAGAACACCAUCCCCACAGUGAAGCAUGGUGGUGGCAGCAUCAUGCUGUGGGGAUGUUUUUCAUCAGCAGGGACUGGGAAACUGGUCAGAAUUGAAGGAAUGAUGGAUGGUGCUAAAUACAGGGUAAUUGUUGAGGGAAACCUGUCUUCCAGAGAUUUGAGACUGGGACGGAGGUUCACCUUCCAGCAGGACAAUGACCCUAAGCAUACUGCUAAAGCAACACUUGAGUGGUUUAAGGGGAAACAUUUAAAUGUCUUGGAAUGGCCUAGUCAAAGCCCAGACAUCAAUCCAAUUGAGAAUCUGUGGUAUGAAUUAAAUAUUGCUGUACACCAGCGGAAACCAUCCAGCUUGAAAGAGCUGGAGCAGUUUUGCCUUGAAGAAUGGGCAAAAAUCCCAGUGGCUAGAUAUGCCAAGCUUAUAGAGACACCCCAAUUGACUUGCAGCUGUAAUUGCAGCAAAAGGUGGCUCUACAAAGUAUUGACUUUGGGUGGGUGAAUAGUUAUGCACGGUCAAGUUUUCAGUUUUUUUGUCUUAUUUCUUUUUUGUUUCACAAGAGAAAAUAUUUUGGAUCUUCAAAGUGGUAAGCAUGUUGUGUAAAUCAAAUGAUACAAACCCCCCAAAAAUCAAUUUUUAUUCCAGGUUGUAAGGAAACAAAAUAGGAAAAAUGCCCAGGGGGGUGAAUACUUUCGCAAGUCACUGUAUAUGUUGGUACAGAGGCUACAUGCAUAUUAUAUAUAUUUUUCCAAAGCCGUUUUUCCCUUGGCUGCUGCCAUUUGCUAAUGUGUAAUCUUGUGACCCCUGCACUCUGUGCUCCAGGCGGAAGAUGCUCAGAAGAAGAGAAGAACUCAGGAGGGUUGUGACAAAGGUGAGAUGGAACUUAUCGUCAUACUUACAUAGAAAGGAACACAGUGUUAUUAUGAGCCAAUCCCUGUAGGUGAUUCACUAUUUGCUUAUGAUUCAUCACUGUCUGUCUCUGUCCAUGCCCAGCCCUGCGUCCCCCUGUCCCCCCUCCCUUUUGCCCAGCUUUCUCCAGCAUAGUGGGUCUGCUGUGCUGUGACAUCCUCAUCCACAUCCUCAGACGAGUCCUGCAGAGAGCUGUGGAGGACCGGGCCACCUACUGGACAGAGGCCAUGAUCCAGAGGGUACCUUUCGCAUUUAUUUCUAUCCCACUCGCUCUCUCUUUCUCUUUCCUUUUUAUAUGAACCAUAUAAACUGUAACUGUGUGUGCCCCCCACAGGCCCUGCACCUUAUAGGCCAGGGUCUGUUGGAGGAGAAGACCCAGUUGGGAGCCAGCACUGUGGAGCAGGUCACCUUUGACUUCAGCCUCAAGGCUCGCAGUGAGUGUACUAGACAUACUACUUUUUGUCUUUAAAUGUUUGUCUCUUAGAUUAUUCUUGGUUUAGGGUACACUUCAUAUACAUUUGUUCUUGAGACAUUUUCUGUUUCUCUACUCUCUCAGAGAUCGGCUCAGAGCAUGGCAAAUCUGUGUUCCACCUCCUGUCCAAGAUGACGGCUCUUCCUUCCCUGGAAGCCCAGAAGGAUAUGAUUAAGUGGACACUGCAGGUGGGUUAACUUCAUUGUCCUGUUAAGAGAUUUGAUAAUCUCGUUUCAACUGAGAUUUUAGACAGUUUACAGUACAGCUUUUUGUUUAAAUGAUCAUAUUUCUCUUUCUGGUAGAUGUUUGAGAUGGUGAAGUGCCUUAGGGAGAAAUCCAGUCCAGCAGCCUCUAUGAGCGUGGAGCAGACCAAGCCAGAGGAGGUAAAAACAGAACAUGGGUCAUUUUUACACCUUUUUUGUCAUGUAACAUUUCUGCAGUGAAGAAUCCUCACCUUCUGUCUGAUUUACUCAGAUCAUCCCUGACAAAGACAAAGCCGAGCGGAAGAGGAAGGCAGAGGCAGCCAAGCUCCAUCGCCAGAAGAUCAUGGCCCAGAUGUCGGCCAUGCAGAAGAACUUCAUUGAGUCACACAAGAUGCUGUAUGACAACAUGCCAGAGAGUUCCCAGGGGGAACCUGUGGCCUCCAGAGAGAGGUGAGGAGGGGGUAGGGAGAGCUGUUGGCCAUGAGGGAGACUACAGAGUGUUGCCCUUCCUUUAAAGACAUGCUCCGGAACCUUGGCGUCUACUAAGUAUUUUUUAAACCUCUCGCUUUGGGCUGGAUAUGUCAAUGUGUAGUUCAUACAUGCAUAAUCUAUGAGCAGAAUUACCGUCUUACCUCAAUUAGCCAUGAAACCCCUAGUUUGUAAGCUACAGUUUUUCUGAAAGCUGUGCUGUGCCAUUUUCCCUACAUUUUCUCCCACGUGGGCCAGCCCCCUAGCAAUUUGAGUUUUAGCCAAUGACCUUCAGCCCCUCGCCAUUUGAGUGACUGCUAGCAAGAUGCAUAAGCAGCAGAGAGAAAGGGCAAUGACAUGGUGCACAUAUCUGCACAUAUAUGAUGUAGUACACCAUUUUUGGUUCGUGAGCGCUACUUUCAGAACUACUGGCUGAAAAGUAUACAAAAGUACUGGAAAAUCUCUUUAAUAAUAUACUCUAGCUUGCCUAGUAGUAUCUCAAGUUUACUGCAGGAAGGAGAGUGAAUUCAAAUUUUUUUAAUUGGGCUGAUUCCUUGAGUGAAGGUUAGUGAUUAGGAGGAUAUCUACAGUUGAAGUCGGACAGUUUACAUACACUUAGGUUGGAGUCAUUAAAACUUGUUUUUCAACCACUCCACACAUGUCUUGUUAACAAACUAUAGUUUUGGCAAGUCGGUUAGGACAUCUACUUUGUGCAUGACACAAGUAAUUUCCAAACGCCUGAAGGUACCACGUUCAUCUGUACAAACAAUAGUACGCAAGUAUAAACACCAUGGGACCACGCAGCCGUCAUACCGCUCAGGAAGGAGACUUGUUCUGUCUCCUAGAGAUGAACGUACUUUGGUGCGAAAAGUGCAAAUCAAUCCCAGAACAACAGCCAAGGACCUUGUGAAGAUGCUGGAGGAAACAGGUACAAAACUAUCUAUAUCCACAGUAAAACGAGUCCUAUAUCGACAUAACCUGAAAGGCCACUCAGCAAGGAAGAAGCCACUGCUCCAAAACCACCAUAAAAAAGCCAGACUACGGUUUGCAACUGCACAUGGGGACAAAGAUCAUACUUUUUGGAGAAAUGUCCUCUGGUCUGAUGAAACAAAAAUAGAACUGUUUGGCCAUAAUGACCAUUGUUAUAUUUGGAGGAAAAAGGGGGAUGCUUGCAAGCCGAAGAACACCAUCCCAACCGUGAAGCACGGCGGUGGCAGCAUCAUGCUGUGGGGGUGCUUUGCUGCAGGAGGGACUGGUGCACUUCACAAAAUAGAUGGCAUCAUGAGGAAGGAAAAUGAUGUGGAUAUAUUGAAGUAACAUCUCAAGACAUCAGUCAGGAAGUUAAAUCUUGGUCGCAAAUGGGUCUUCCAAAUGGACAAUGACCCCAAGCAUACUUCCAAAGUUGGCUUGGCUUAAGGACAACAAAGUCAAGGUAUUGGAGUGGCCAUCACAAAGACCUGACCUCAAUCCUAUAGAAAAUGUGUGGGCAGAACUGAAAAAGCAUGUGCGCAAGGAGGCCUAAAAACCUGACUCAGUUACACAAGCUCUGUCUGGAGGAAUGGGCCAAAAUUCACAUUUACAUUACAUUUACAUUUUAGUCAUUUAGCAGACGCUCUUAUCCAGAGCGACUUACAGUUAGUGAAUACAUAUUUUUUUUUAUACUGGCCCCCCGUGGGAAUCGAACCCACAACCCUGGCGUUGCAAACGCCAUGCUCUAUCAACUGAGCUACAUCCCUGCCGGCCAUUCCCUCCCCUACCCUGGACAACGCUGGGCCAAUUGUGCGCCGCCCAUGAGUCUCCCGGUCGCGGCCGGCUGCGACAGAGCCUUGAUUCGAACCAGGAUCUCUAGUGGCACUUAGACCACUGCGCCACUCAGGAGUUCACCCAACUUAUUGUGGGAAGCUUGUGGAAGGCUACCUGAAACGUUUGACCCAAGUUAAACAAUUUGAAGGCAAUGCUACCAAAUACUAAUUGAGUGUAUGUAAACUUCCCAGUGGGUCAGAAGUAUUUGGUAGGAUUCUGACAUUUCACAUUCUUAAAAUAAAGUGUUGAUCCUAACUGACCUAAGACAGGGAAUUUUUACUAGGAUUAAAUGUCAGUUAUUGUGAAAAACUGAGUUUAAAUAUAUUUUGCUAAGGUGUAUGUAAACUUCCGACUUCAACUGUAUAACUGAUAAGUGUGUUGUCAUGUUUCUUCCUCCUAUCCUGUAGCUGUGCCAUGGAGCUGGGAGAGUUGUGCGUGGCUGUGGGGCCUCAACGGGGCUCCACCCCGGCUGAGCGGGAGGUGCUGACCUGCAUCCUAUGUCAGGAGGAGCAGGAGGUCCAGGCCCGCUCCCCAGCCAUGGUGCUGACCGCCUGUGUCCAGAGGUCCACCGUGCUUACACAGUGCCGGGGGAAGACUCUGGCCAACAAGGGUUAGUGCCCUUUUCACACUCUCCUCCUUUUGAUGUCCUGUGGUACACAAUACUCUCUGACCACUGUCAUCUCUUUUUGCAUUACUGUUGAAAUGAUUAAAGAUGUUAAUGUGUUGUUCUGUGUGACAGAGACCUUGUACCCCCUCUUCAUGCCACCUGACCUGGCUGUGGGGACUCACACUGGCAGCUGUGGCCACGUCAUGCACGCCAUCUGCUGGCAGAAGUGAGUCACUGCAGUAACGUGUCUAUCAAUGAAUCAUAGGGAUGAUGAUUCCAACAUACUAUCUUGGGCCUGAAGACCUAAAGAAAGAUUAUACCUACAUCUCUGUUUUUUUGUCUGUUUGUUCUAGGUACUUUGAGGCAGUCCAGAACACCACUCGGAACCGGCUCCAUGCUGAGCUCAUCAUUGACCUGGAGAACGGGGAGUACAUGUGCCCGCUCUGCAAGUCCCUGUGCAACACUGUGGUUCCUCUCAUCCCCUUGGAACCACUCACACUCAACUAGUAUGUCUUCCUUUUAGCCAUGCCGUACUUUAUUGCCACUUCCUAAAUGACUAACUGAGUUUAGAUAUGUUUUUGGAGUAUCCAUAAAACUAAAUCUGAUUUAUGGCCAAAUAGUGAACAUAUCAGUUUUAACCGGCCUGUCCCUUAUGUCCUGUCUGCAGUGAGAAUGCAGAGCUGGUGGGACAGCUCCUCACCCUCCCUCGCUGGAUCCAGAUCCUCUCUGCCAGGAUCAAAGGACUCCGGUCUGUCACUCAGGGACCAGGUAAAGACAGCUGUGUGAUCUCACAAAGUCAUUUUAGUGGAGCGAGCCCAGUGCUGUUGCAGGUGUGACUCCGUUGUGUUUGUGGUCCAGAAAGCAGCAGUCAGACUAGCAGUGAUGGAGACACUGCCCUCUGUGGGGAAGGCCAGCCAGACUUCCGCUCCAUCCUCAGCUUUGGAGUGAAAGAGCCGUGAGUCACACACACACAACCAUCAGCUCUCAAUGGCUUAUUCAAAUGUUUCUGUAGCGCACGACACACACUAACAUCAUUUCCAUGUUAUUGACAGUGUACUAUAUUAUGUAUCCACUCAACACAUGCUCUGUAAUGUAAUAAGUACUUGAGAUAUUCUAAAGAUGUCCCCCUGUUGAUCUUCCUCAGGAGGAAGUACUCUGACAGCAUAGCAGAGAUGCUGGUGGUGUGUGCCACCACGGUGCACAGGGUGGGGCUGCAGACGGCCCCUAACGAGCUGUGUCCCGGCGUGCCCGUCAUGUCCUGGAACACCUGUGCCUUCACCAUCCAGGCCAUUGGUCAGUCCCACGUCUUUCUUCUUUACUCUUUCUAUCUGUUUCUUUUUCAAUCCUUUUUCUAGCUGAACUAAUUGUGCCACUACUCAGCAUGUUUUUUGUUUUUGUUUUCCUACAGAGAACUUGCUGCAGGAAGAGGAUAAGACACUGUUUGGCUCUUUACAAAACAGACAGGUAGGUCAGAUAUAUUACAGAGGAGGGACUGUGUUUGACCGGUUUUCACCUAUUCCCUCGGGGGGGUUUAUCACAGUAACUCUGCUUUCCUUUUCAGCUUGCGGGCCUGAAGGCUGUGGUUCAGUUUUCUGCAACCCAACGCCUCAAGAGCUCCCAGGCUGUCAUUCAGAAGCAUUUCACAGACAUGUUAGGAGGUACGUGUUCAAACACCACCCAGCACACAAUAUCCAUCCACCUUACAUUGUCAUCUCAUUUUGUGUGAUUUGGUAUUUUAUGUAAUAGUUAAUUUGGUUGCCUCCUCUGGCUCUCUCUCCCUACAGCCUUGUUACCCACCAUGAGUUCAGAGAGCACACCUUCUAUUCUAGAAGUAGACUUCUUCCACCUUCUGGUAAGUCACCAAUGAAGGAAAUUAAUGUUCUGUUGGCUGCAUACAGUAGGUCUUCCACACGCUCUGGGUAUAACCAACCUUUCUCUGUGUGUUGUCAGGUGGGGCUGGUGCUUGCCAUUCCAGCGCUCUACCAGGAGGAGGCGGUGGACCUGCAGCCCUCUGCUGUCAGCUCUGCCUACAACCACCUCCACAUCCUCCAUCUUGUCACCAUGGCCCACGUGGUGCAGGUCCUCCUCUCCUCCACAGAUUACACAGCAGUGUCUGGGGGAGAGGAGGGAGAGGAGGCGAGGGCAGCAGCAGAGCUCUAUGCCACUGUGUCACAAUGUACCGGCGGGUAAGAAGGAAUGCUGCCUGCCUUUUCUCUGUAUUUUUUUAUGUAAUAUACUGUAUGUGUGUGAAUUGUGCAUUGGGUCGUUUUUGGACAUUUUCCAUUCAUGUUCAUCCAGUCAAAGGUCCAUUGUUUUCCUAAGCAGAUUAUGUGACUGUGUGUCUUAUUGUCCAGGCUGAGGUCAGACGUGUCUGGGUGCUCAGUGGCAGACAGAGUGAGGAGAGGGGUCACGCCCUUCCUGCGCUGCGCUGCCCUCUUCUUCAAUUGCCUUACAGGGGUGCCCCCUCCAGAGGAGCUCGCCAGUACUACAGGUAGGUAUCUCAGGGCUCAGACUAUUGUGGUGUAUAAGGGGAUUGAAUGGGUUAGGGUUUCACUGACUGAACCAUUCAUGCUGUUUCGGCUGCAGUUACCUCUCAAGGCCAGGUGGAGGCGCUGUGCAGUUAUCUGGCAUUGCCCUCCAAUGUGUUCCAGCUCUUCCAGGAGCACCGUGGGACUGUCUCUCCCUUAAUACAGAGGUAAUAUCAAUAACCUGUUAGUCACAGCCAAAAUACAUUGAAAUGAAUAGAACAUUUAUACAUCUUUAACUGAUGUUCUUAUUAUCAGAUUUGUGAUGGUAGCUAUGUUUCUAAGGUAAUUGUUUGAUGUAAUGUAAGAAAUAUUUUUUACUGAUGGCCUCUGUCUCUCAGAUGGUGUGGGCACCCAGCUGUAACCAAUGCACUAAAAGGGGAAAUGCAGACAAUCAGGUAAGCUCAAAUUCACUUAGUAACUGAAUGAAGUAUUUAAGAUUUGUUUUCCUUUCUGCCCUAUGAAUAACUGAAUCUUUUAUAAAAUGAUUAUUGCAGUUAUCCCAGGAAAAGGAAUCGGUUAAUUGAGCUUCCUGAGGAUUACAGCGCGCUCCUCAAUCAAGCCAGUCACUUUCAGUAAGUAGGCACCACUGUCUUACUUGGAUUCUCAUAAACGUUGGUUAAAUUAUGGGAGAGCUGUUGAGUUCCAGUGGAGACAGUCCUCUUUCUCUCUCUGCCCUCCUGUGCAGUUGUCCUAACUCCACAGAUGAUGAGAGGAAGCACCCCACCCUGUGCCUCUUCUGUGGGACCAUCCUGUGCUCCCAGAGCACCUGCUGUCAUAGCCAGCUUGACGGGGAGGAGGUGGGCGCCUGCACCGCACACGCUGCCACCUGUGGGGCUGGAGUGGGCAUGUUCCUCAGGUGGGUCGGGGACAAGGGUUCCUUGUAGGGACAGGGUGGGCAUGUGGUUAAAUAUGUUCAAAUGUUCUAUAAAGCUUCUGCUGAUUGCUUUGUUUCCCCCUCCCCCCACUGAUUAGGAUAAGAGAGUGUGAGAUGGUCCUGAUGGCCAGUAAGACACGAGGAAGCACUUACCCAGCCCCUUAUCUUGAUGACUACGGAGAGACUGACCCACAGCUGGGGUAAGCUGGCCACAUCUCCUCUCUUUUGAAAAAUUCAUUACAUGUAUCUCUGAUGUCGUUCUGUAGAAGAAUAGCAUAUUUUAAAGCAAAUGUUAUGUGAGACCUGUGUCACUGACGGACUGUAUGUGAAUGUGAGAUUAGGAGGGGGAACCCCCUGCACCUGUGCCCUGAGCGGUACCGGAAGCUCCACCAGCUGUGGCAGCAGCACUGUAUCCUGGAGGAGAUCGCCCGCAGCCUGGAGGUGGUCAACGUCAUGUUUGCUUUCGAAUGGCAGAUGCUGUGA